UUCUGCAGGAGGCUCCACAGCCCCACCAACAUCCUGCUGCUCUCUCUGGCUGUCUCAGACUGCCUGGUGGGAUUCCUCAUUUCAUUCCAGAUAGUGCUGAUAGAUGGCUGCUGGUAUCUUGGUGACAUCAUGUGUGCCCUCUAUGUUGUUUUGGACUAUGCCAUCACUGCUGCCUCAAUAGGAACCAUGGUGCUCAUUUCAGUUGACCGUUACGUGGCCAUCUGUUACCCCCUGCACUACUCCAGCAAAGUCACUACAGAACGAGUGAAGAUGUGUGUUUCACUGUGUUGGAUGAUUGCUUUUCUUUGUCACAGCCUUCUCCUGAAAGACAGCCUGCAGAAACCAGGCAGGUAUAAUUCCUGCUUUGGAGAGUGUGUAGUUGUCCUGGAUUACGUUGGAGGAAUAGUUGAUCUUUUGUCGUCUUUCGUCGGUCCAGUUGCUGCCAUCCUCAUUCUGUAUGCAAGAGUGUUUGUAGUGGUUGUGUCUCAGGCUCGAGCCAUGCAGUCUCACGUUGCAGCGGUCUCACUCCAGGGCUCAGUGAAAGUCACAGCUAAGAAAUCUGAAAURAAGGCAGCCAUAACACUUGGGGUUGUUGUCGUUGUGUUUCUGUUGUGCACCUGCCCAUAUUUCUGUGUUAUUCUUAUGGCAGAAGAUGCAGCGGUCAGUGCUUCAUCUGUGACUUUUCUUYUGUUUUAUUUUAAUUCCACCCUGAACCCUCUGAUCUACGCCCUGUUUUAUCCCUGGUUUAGGAAAUCAGUCAAACUGAUUCUUACACUGCAGAUAUUGAAACCAAACUCCAGCUUAUAUAACCUGUUGAACUCUGUGGCACACCUUUAA